CCUCUCUUUACUCCUCAGUUUCAUAUUUUACUUUUUUCUCUCCAGAACUAGAAAUAUAAUAAUAUUUAAUAGUAAUAUUCUUCAUGACUGAAACUUCUGUAUCCUUGUUGUUGUGUGAAUUGUCAAGCUAAGCUACUGCUUAGUUCUUCUCUUUCACACCUUUCAAUCUCAAAACCCUGGUGGAAGGAAGAAGAAUCUAGGGUUUGACACCACCAUCUCCAUCAAAGAUAGGUAGAGGCUGAGAUGGAGGAGGUUGAAGAAGCUAACAGGGCAGCUGUUGAGAGCUGUCAUAGAGUCAUAAGUAUGUUGUCUCAGCCUCAGGAUCAAGUUGAGUAUAAGAAUUUAAUGGUGGAGACUGGAGAAGCUGUGAAGAAGUUCAAGAGAGUUGUUUCCCUUCUCAGUAAUGGUGGUGUGGGUCAUGCAAGAGUCAGGAAGUUGAAGAAACUUCCAAUCCCUUUUUCUCAAAGCAUCCUUAAGGACAACCCAAAUUGCAAAACCAAUCACAACCAGUCAAAAACUUUUGAGUUUCCUCAAAUUGGUUUUCCUGACAAUUCAGUUCAGGAAUUGGGUUCAAGCGUUAGAAGUUCAAUCUGUCUGGGAAAUGGUAAUCCGUCUUUGGAAUUGAGCUCGAACGGGAAAAAUCCUCUUGUCAUUGCCCAACAACCCUUAUCAACUCACUACAACAUCCUUCAGCAGCAGCAGCAGUUGCAAAGGUUGUCAUGGCAGCAGCUACAAAUGAAACAGCAAGCGGAAAUGAUGUUCCGGAGAAAGAAUGGUGUUAUAAAUCUGAAUUUCGAUAACUCUAGCUGCACACCGUCAAUGUCAUGUACCAGGUCUUUUGUUUCUUCCUUGAGCAUAGAUGGAAGCUUGGCUAACAUGGAUGGAAGUGCCUUCCAAUUAGCAGGAGCUGCACACCCUUCUGAUCAGAAUUCAGAACAGCACAAGAGAAAAUGUUCUGCCGGAGGUGAUGAGGGUAGCACAAAAUGUGGGAGCAGUGCUAAAUGCCAUUGUUCAAAGAAGAGGAAGCAUAGAGUGAAAAGAUCAAUUAAGGUGCCUGCUGUCAGCAACAGAAUUGCAGAUAUCCCUCCCGAUGAUUAUUCAUGGAGGAAGUAUGGACAGAAGCCAAUCAAGGGUUCACCUCACCCUAGGGGAUACUACAAAUGCAGCAGCGUGAGAGGCUGCCCUGCAAGGAAGCAUGUUGAGAGGUGCUUGGAUGAGCCUUCCAUGCUAAUUGUUACCUAUGAAGGAGACCACAACCACCCCAAGUUACCAUCACAAUGUGCAAAUGCUGCAGAGCUUAACCAAGAUCAAGCUCCAUCAUUUAAUUUGUCAAAACCUCUUGAGCCUUGAGAUGAUGUUGUACAGAUUUAAGUUGUGCAGGCUGGGAUUUUGCUAGCACAGUUUUCAGCUUUUGGUUAGUUUGUUAGUGAGUUAAGUUAAAAGCUCAGAUGAGGUUCGGUGAUAGAAUGCAGUGAACUAUAUAGUCUGCAAAAUUGUUAAGUUUCGAUUCUAUGAACUAUUUUCUUUUUCUUAAGCAUAUGUUAUAAACAAUUGACAGAAAAAAUGUUAUAACCAUUUCAAAGAUUUUUAAGGGCCAGCUCGAGUUG